CACUAUUCCUAAAUACAAGUGUAGAGCCGGAGGACACAGCUAAACCAUGAAGCUGGCACACAUUGCAUUCCUGGGCAUUAUUACUCUCCUGGUGUCCGACAUUCUGUUGGUGGAAGGUAACAAGGAGAGAGAAGGGAAGAAGGAGAGAGGAAAAACUAAAGGAGAUAAAAAGUCAGAGACAGAUGCCCCUCAAGGAAAAGGAGGCAGAUCCAAAGGAGGAAAAGGGUCUUAUCAAGGGAAAUUUGUAAGCAAAGAAAACGCCAACUGUACUUGGGCAGUGACAGAGACACAAAGCGUCACCUUAAAAAUUGACUGCAAGAAGGAAGGGUCAAGUUUCUCCUGUACCUUUGGAGGAAACCCAUCCUCUUGUCCCAAAUACACAGGGAAUGAGAAGUCCUACUGGAAACAAAUUUCUCGUGCUUUAAAGAAGCAGAAGAAAAUCUGCCAAGACCCAAAAGCUGUUCUGAAAUCUAAGGAGUGCAAGAAAGGCCCACAGGAAGCCCAUCUGCGCUACCUCAGCUCCGACUCCUUGGAACCAGAAAACACAGAGAAGGAGCCAGCUGUCCAAGUCAAGGAGAUGGAAGCAGGCAAGGACUGUGAGGAGGAUGCUGAUCCAGCAGAACGGCAGAGAAUUGUGGCAGAGUACUGUGGCCAUUCCUGGGGCUCAUUCUGCAAUUUCUUCUUGUCCAUGUUGCAAAGCAAAAGCUGCUGAGCAUCACACAUGAAGCAUUGUGCACACACCACCACACCCCUGGCUUUUCUUCUCAAAUGAAUGAUGUGCUAAGUGCACCAGAUACAUUAAUUAAUCAGAUUCAUUUGUAUGUGUGAAUGGUUUAAAGGACAACUGAAGACCCAAACAAAGAGGUGGCCACAACUUUUCCUUAUUGCAUUGGGUUACUCUACAGUUUCCCAUAAAGUAACCCUGUCAAUAACUUUCUAACCCUCCCUAUUUCCUGCUGCUCAAAUUGCACAUAAUGGCAGAAUUGGAAUAAUUGAGAACUUAGAUCUUAAAUUACAACCAAUCAGAUCUUUGCUUUUGUUUCCUGUCUGUAGACCAACUAAAAGCUGAUUGGUUGUUAUGAGUAAGUCUGCUGAUGCCAUUAAGCACCUUUGUUAGUAAAAGAACCCCACUCAGCUCCCCACCAUGGUGCAUUUCUGCCAGUAGGUAUCAUUGCGCCCAAGUGCUUGGCCAACAAAAUAAAGCAAACCCAGAAGGUAAGUGGGGAGGACACAAAGGGCUAGACCUUUAUUUACUAGCACUGGGCAGCUGUAGGCAGUAAAUUGGCAACACCGUGGCCAAAUAUUAUUCGGGGGGCUCCAGUUGCCUUUAAACCUAUGGGCAUCAGAGGGACUCUCUUGAACCUUUUUUGGAGUAUAUUCUACUCUUGGAAUGUUUUUAUUCCGUCUAUCUGUCUAUGUUUAUUUAAAUGUUACUAUAAACAUUUUUUUGUAUGGCCUUUGUACUUUUUUAAAAAAAAAUUUAUCAUGAAUGCAGAAUCCUAUUUAUUAAGUUUUAUAAUGGAUAAGCCAUCUCUGCACUCUAUAUUAUAUUAUAAUACUAUCAGUGUAUUUUCUGCUAUAUAAAAAAUAUUGCAUUAAAAAUCUGUCCCUAAAAUGCCUCUGGUUACAAAGGGUGUAGCCCCUGGUUCUAUGGAGGUAUAAAGCUUUAUAUACAAUAUGACACUCUCGAUGUUGUUCUUUUGCAUCUAUGGCCAAGCAGUUUGGAUCAAUGCACUAUGAUAAGACGAGAGAGAAAGCAAGAGAAAAACCCCAACAGGAAAACUACAAAUACAAUUUAACGUGUCUUAGUUUCCCCUUAAGGGAUCGCUCACUAUGUUUGGGGAUAUUUUAUAAUUCUUUUCAACAGGGAUACAGGUAAAUUACAGUUUUGAAGGAUAGUAUAACUCUGUGGGCUGGAUAGCAGUAUAGUUCUGCAAUGACUGGUAUGCCAUCAGUUUAAUUCUUAUCUGGAUAAAUCCUGAAUAAUCUUGCUAUGCUGGCACAAAUCUUGCUUGGGAUGGGCCAAUAAACAGCAAACUGCACCCGACUUUGCACUGUAUAUAAUUAUGUAUACUCGCCUCAGGCAUUCCUUGUUAGUAACUGUGAUUUUAUUUUCACUACUUGGUAUUUUAUAUUCUUUUGUACUAAAUAAAAUGGAAAAAAAAGAAACGUUA